GCAGAAAAAGCGGAUGUUGGGACACCUGUAGCUGAAUCCCAUUCCCCUAAAAAGUGAGGUUGGGUUGUUUCACAUCCAUUCAGCAUCCGCCCUGCAGGAGAGGUGCUCCUGUGCCGUCUGAUCUCGAGUGGGGAAGCGCAAAGGUAGACGCCUAAAGCCAUUUACGGACGCAUUAAUAUCUAAGCCGCUCUCUGUGCCUGCUUGCAGACAGGAAGGAGCAUGGAUAGAGAGGAAUUUGCUAUGACUAGUGCGCUGAGGGGAUUUGUAGAGCUGGGGUUUUGCUCCUGUGGAAACUAAGGACAGCGGAGGAAGCUCCGUCACUAACUGCUCGCCAUUUAUCUCCAGGCUGCUUUUGUUUAUUAUUUCCUAUUUCUGGCAUAUAGACUUUUUAUUUAAUUCAUCAUCAUGGGGAAAGAUGAGUGCAAAACAAUGCUGGACGCUUUAAACAAAGUGACCGCCUGCUACAGGCACUUGGUCAUCGCCUUGGGAAGCACUUCGGACUCGCAGAACCUGCGAGAGGAGCUGAAGAAGACCCGCAAAAAGGCCCAGGAGCUGGCCGUGGCCAACAGGACUAAACUGACUUCUCUGCUCAAAGACAAGUCCAUCAGCAAAGAGGACCGGGCAGAGUACGAGCGCCUAUGGGUGCUGUUCUCGAGCAGCAUGGAGCUCCUGGAGGUGGACAUGAAAAGGUCCCUAGAGAUAGGGCAGGAUUUCCCCAUCAAGGUGCCGACGAGGCACUUCAUCCAAACCGGGAUGACCGGUAGCACCACCACCGUGGCGGCCCGGGCCAUGAGCGUGCAGAACAUGAAGUACGAGGCGGACAGCAACAUCGACACGGUGGAUCUCCGGGAGCUUCAGUCCGAGAUCACCCAGGUGAGCCAGAUGAUGGAGGAGAUGGAGAUGAAGGUGCAGGUGGCGCCGUGGGCCGUGGAGGCGAAGCAGGAGGCGGGCGCGGAGCUCAAGUCAAACAUGAGUGUAGGAAAUUCCUCCGUGGGUGUCAUCUCCAUCUGCGAAGAGGAGCCGAAAGAAGAGGAAGGAGGCGGCAGCAGAGACUCUAGCAUUGCCUCGGUCUGCGCUGUGUUUGUAUUCGUUGUCAUCGUUGCGUCCGCUGGGAUUUUAGGAUAUCUGGUCGUCAACAUGUCCUGAAGUGUCUAACAAACAACCCGGACACCAUGCGCUUCAAAAGAGAGAGAACGAGCUUUUUUUGAGGAGCUGGACAUUUGUGGACACGCGAAAUGACUCAUCUUUAUCGGAUUUGUGAAUGUAUUCGGUGGAGUUAAGGAGUUGCACUAGAUAUAAAAUGUAGAACAACACAAUGGACCAUGGGCACCAUUUCAGGUUAAGUAUUUUUAAGGGGCCAAGAGGUCGUGUAUUUUUGGAGAAAAAAAAAGUCAUGAAAUUACGUGACACUGUCUGGCUAUCAGGUUGAUGCAUACAACACGUAAUCCAAGUGGAUUAGUAGGAAAGCUCAAGCGUAAAUGUAGCCUACUGUUAAGUAUUCCCCUUAAUGUUCUGCAGAUUGAUGCUUUAAAUGUAUCAUUUCAAUUCCAAAGUCAGGGGGCAUAGUCAGAGAAGGGUCAUGAUGUAUGGAAACUAAUAGAGCCAGUAUUCCGGUUGGAUGUGAUAAAAUCUGCACUGUUCCACACCCUUAAGCACAGUUUUAAUACUUCAUAAAUUCUGUACAGCAAGGUUUUUAGUAGGCCUGCAUCUUACUUCAUUGCAUCAAAUCACAAUGUGCUUCAUGAAACGUAAGUACAAGAGGGAUCCACAGUCUUUUAAUAAUGCACCUGUUCACUGUAAGCCUGUCCAUGUUCUUUUUCAGGGUUUUCUUGCAAACAGUCUUGAAUGUAUGCAUUGCAACAUGUGAAUAGAAGGGUUUUUCACAACCUACAGACUUUGGUGUCAGAUA